CUUCAAUCUCUAAAACGGUAUGGAGAAAAUAUCAAUGAAACUUGCAUUCUUUAUCUUCAUAGCUAUUAGCUCCGUGAUGAGUAUCACAGAAACUGGAGCGAACCGGUUACUACAAGAUGAAGCUUCUCAAACUGUGUUGUUGCACCAUGAAGCUUCUUCGCAGGAGGCUAUCAACCCAAACAAAAUUCACUGCAAGAAAGGGUGUCAUAUUAAAUGUGUUCCCAAUCCAUUUAUUGUUGAAUGUUUUUGUCAAUGUUAAUUUCAAAUCGCUUAUUAUGAUAUCUAACGUCCAAAUAAGAUUUAUUUACGAUCAGUAAGAUGAUAUUUUAUUA